GAGACAGACACAGCACAGUGCUUUGUAAUGUGCAACUGGAGAUGCUCACCUAAACAUCCUCAGGGAAACAUUGGCAACUUUUAGCUGGGCAUUUAAUCAAAACAGACACAAAUACUACAUUUAGAGUGUUUCAAAUGCUCUCCUAUGAAAGCAUCUUUGUGGAUGCAGAAGCAUCUUGCCCUGCCUUAGAGAUCGGCAUCACUCAGAGGCAUGGGAAAUCUCCACUGAGGCUGUUUGAUUGGUUUCCCUUAGGUGACUUUCAUCACUGGAAACUUUGCAUUACACAGAAUUCCGUACUGGGGUCUCACAUCUGAAAACACCUUCCAAAGAAGGCUUUGGACUUCACCUUAAGAAAGACAGAUUUCCACUGUAGAGACCACGUCAUUUUCCUUCCUGUGAGAAUAACAUGAACCAGAAGGUGUUAGCUUUCCUUGUCCCAAAUUUUUUAUUUGGGAUAUUUCUUUUUGGGUUUUUCUGUAACAGACAAAAAAACCUAACAGGUGUUUUUCCUGAUCCUACUAAAAAUUGGCUGGCAAUUCAAAAUGAUCGGAAAAACACACUGGCUUCUGUCUGCCUGAAGAAUAACCUUAAUAAACCAGGAAAUGAAUUGGAUUCUCAUGUUGCAAGCCAGCUCUUUGUGGAGCACAAGCAUAAAUUUAUCUACUGUGAGGUGCCCAAGGUAGGCUGCUCCAACUGGAAAAGAACUAUUUUUCUUCUUCAAUCAGAACUGAAUGCAAAAGCUGCUGAAAUUGAACAUGACCACAUCCACCACACCUCACUGAUCAAAAGGCUGGUGUCUUAUCCUCCUGCCUCACAAAAGGAAUUUCUAAGCAAUUACACCAAAGUGAUGUUCACCAGACAUCCCUUGGAACGCCUGGUUUCAGCUUACAGAGACAAACUCCUGCACUCUGAACCAUUCUACAGUACCACUAUUGCUAAUGAGAUUAGAGCAAUGUUCAGGAAAAAUAAAAAUUCUUCUGAAAAAGUGAGUUUCCAGGAGUUUGUCAACUUUGUUCUAUCAAAACCACCAGAAAUUCUUGACAUUCACUGGAAACCAAUGUUUCUGCUCUGUGAUCCUUGCAACAUUCACUAUGAUAUUAUGGGUAAGUAUGAAACUCUUGGGUUGGACUCUGAGCAUGUUCUGAAGAUCAUUGGUGCACCAGAGAGCAUGCAAUACCCCACCUUGAAGAGAUAUGGCUCAGAGAAACGAACUGAUGGUGGUAUCACCUUGGAGUACCUCAGACAAUUGACCUCAGAACAAAUUGAGAAGAUUAAAAAAUUGUAUGAAAUGGAUUUUUUUUUGUUCAACUAUACUAUGAAAUAUGAGGAUUAUUCUUCCCUGAAUGACUAAUGCAGGUUAAACAAAGAACAGCUUCCUUGGUACAAAACAGGCGGAACUUGUCCUCACAGGUGCUUGAUAGGCAGGUUGGUGACUGCUGCUGAGAUAACCCUGGAGUUCGUAGAUAUGGUUAAUCAAUCUAGGCACUCUGAUAUAAAAUCCCUGCCAUGACCUCUUGUACCAUGCAGACUGUUACCUAUUAAAAUUAUUGUCUUCCUGUUGAUCUUUAA